AUGAUGAAUCGAUACCAACACCAACACCUACAAACACAUAAUUCGAAUACAAUUCUUCAAUCAAACCAUCACUUUCACUUAACUAGUAGUACAACAACAACAACAUCUGUUCUACAAACACCAAUUGAUACUUAUACAUCGAAUAACAAUUCAAUUAUUGAUAUACAUCAACAAAAUCAUUAUAAUUUACUUGAUGAUAAUUAUAUUUAUAAUCCACCACCAUCCUAUUGUACUAAACAUCAUCAUCAAAUAUAUCGUUCACCAAAUAUUUGUACAUUAGAUUCUCAACCAUCAUCUGUUUAUGAAACAUAUACAUCAUCAUCACCUUCAUCAACAAAUAUUCCAGUAAAUACAUAUGAACAAUUUUGUAUUGAUAAUUCUCAAACAUCACCACCACCAUCAUCAUCAUCAUGGAUAACAACAACAACAACAGCAGGAGCAGGAGCAGCAACAACAGGUACAGGAACAAAUGAUGGAUCAAUAUAUCAUCCAAUUCAAUCAUUUGAACAAUGUAAUAUUUAUUUAAAUAAUUCACAAUUAUCUGAACAAAAUAAUUAUUCAUCAAUACCAUUAUCUAAUAAUGAAGCAUCAUCAUCAUCAACAUCAUCAUCAUCAUCUUUUAAUAAUCCAUCCCAACAACAACAACAACAAUAUCGACAUAUUGAACAAUCAUCUCUAGAUGAAAAACCUCUUUCAAUUGUUACAAGUGAAGCUAAAUAUAAAUGGAUGCAAAUAAAACGUACACCAGCUAAAACAGCAGGAAAACCGACUGAUUAUAAUUAUAAUAAUGGUACAUCACUAGUGAAUGGAUCAUCAUCAAAUUCUAUGUUAAAUAAUAAUGCUGGUCGAACAAAUUUUACAAAUAAACAAUUAACAGAAUUGGAAAAAGAAUUUCAUUUUAGUCGUUAUUUAACAAGAGCAAGACGUAUUGAAAUUGCCGCAUCACUUCAAUUAAAUGAAACACAAGUGAAAAUUUGGUUUCAAAAUCGUCGUAUGAAAGCAAAAAAACGACAACGUGAACCCGAUAUUCUUACAUUUGAUUCCAUGUGA